AAUUCAUUGAGCUGGAGUGAAUCGGGUGUUGCACAAUUCCCAUCAUCCAGAAUCAUGGCAAAGACACAUUCGGAGUCCUCGGAGGACUUUGAAUUCAUUGAAACUCCAGCUGCACCUACGCCCGAGCCUCCAACCGAGAACUGCGGUGUCCGCACCACUGCUUACCCAGCGAUCAAGAAUGCUCCUCUACCAGCCGAUGCAGCUGGCAGCGAAUCCUUCAACAACUAUGUCCUCAUCGGCCUCCUUAUUGGUGUGCCUGCUUACCUGGCCCGGCAACUUCGUGGAGGAUUCUACACCACCAUUUUCCUAGCUAUUAUCACCUCAGCCCCCAUCUUGAUGUCCUUUUGGACUGUGGCGUCGUCUAUCUCUCCUAGGAAGAACGAGAAAGUACGAUUGCCCGGCCGACCGGUCGAGCACUACCUGCACUUUCGUGAAGAAGAGGACAGAGCCAAGUACCACGGCAAAAAUCGAAUCCCCAUGGAAACAUUCCAUGAGAUGUACUUUGAUGGAAAGGUGGACUUCAAAGGAGAUUGCCUGGAGAUGUUGGAGUACCGACACGACUGGGCCAAUUGGAGAUUUACUCUCAGCCUCUUCAAAUACUUCUUCACUGGUAUGAUCCCUGAAGUCAUCAUGCAUACCAGAUCUCAGGACGAGGAGCAAGUACGCGACCACUACGACCGUGGUGACGAUUUCUACGGCUGGUUCCUGGGUCCGCGCAUGAUUUACACUUCCGGCAUCAUUUCUGAAAUCGACCGGGAGGAAAGCCUCGAAGAACUCCAGGACAACAAGCUCGCCAUUGUUUGUCAGAAGGUCGGCGUGCAGCCCGGUGAGAAGCUCCUCGACAUCGGCUGUGGCUGGGGAACGUUGGCCAAAUACGCCAGUGUCAAUUACGGUGCUCACGUUACUGGGGUCACUCUCGGUCGGAACCAAACCGCCUGGGGGAAUAACGGUCUUCGCAAGGCGGGAAUUCCAGAGGCUCAAAGCAACAUUCUCUGCAUGGACUACCGUGAUAUUCCCGUGCCCGAAGGUGGCUACAAACGCAUCACUUGUUUGGAAAUGGCAGAGCAUGUUGGAGUUCGACAUCUCUCCAGCUUCCUGACACAGGUGAACAACAUGCUUGAUGAUGAUGGCGUCUUCUUCUUCCAAUAUGCCGGCCUCAGAAAAGCGUGGCAAUACGAGGACUUGGUUUGGGGCUUGUUCAUGAACAAACACAUCUUUCCCGGUGCCGAUGCCUCGACGCCGCUGGGGUUUGUGGUUGACAAGCUGGAAGGCGCCGGGUUUGAGGUCAAAGCAAUUGACACCAUCGGCGUGCACUAUUCGGCGACUCUGUGGCGAUGGUACCGCAACUGGAUCGGCAACCAGGACAAGGUCAAGGCGAAAUAUGGAGAACGGUGGUAUCGCAUCUGGGAGUACUUUCUUGCUUAUUCCACCAUCAUCUCUCGUCAAGGUAGUGCCACUUGUUUCCAGAUGACCCUGGUCAAGAACUUGAACAGCACCCACCGCAUUGAAGGGGUCCCAAGCCAAUUUGCGCUCGAGGGAGCUCUGAAGGCUGGACGGGCACAACUUAAGCUGGUCAAGGACGGCAUGAAUGGGAGUGUCCCUGUCAAGGUUGAGAAUUGAGGUCGACCAAAGUUGAGAGGAUUCCGGUGCAGUUCACUUGAGGUGCCAGCGCGUCGAAUGGGCACAACCUUGGAAUGUUAAUAAUCACUUGAUGAAGAGAGAAAAGCCACGCGUGACGGCAAUGGACGGCAAAGAUACAGAUAGAAGUCGAGCGAGCAAGUAGGAACAUGUUGAAAAUGGAUGGCC